AUGCAUUCUUCUUGGUCAUUGCUCUCACUGGCGGUCUCUGCCGUCUCGGCCGCUCCCUCUCUGUUGCGUAGAGCACCCGCCAAUGCACCUACUGUCAACUUGAAGAACGGUUCAUACUAUGGCGUUCACAACAGUCAAUACAACCAGGACUUCUUCCUUGGUAUCCCAUUCGCACAACCACCUCUCGAGCAGCUCCGCUUCGCCAAUCCCGAGACAUUGAACUCGACCUGGGCUGGAGCUCUGCCUGCUACCAACUAUGCGUUUGAGUGUGUGGGUUAUGGAGGCGAUCAGAUCGGCUAUCAACAAUCCGAAGACUGUCUGUACCUCAACGUUGUCAGACCCUCCGGCUACGAGAACACAAGCCUGCCAAUGGUUGUUUGGAUCCACGGUGGAGGUUUCUACAUGGGUGGUGCAGUCGACAGAAGAUACAACUUGACAUUCCUCGUCGAAAACUCUGUCAAGAUUGGCAAGCCCAUCAUGGCUGCUAGCGUUGCUUACAGACUGGGUCCCUUUGGUUUCCUCAAUGGUGAUGAAGUUGCUGGUGCUGGUCAGACCAACAUUGGCCUCAAGGAUCAACGCAAGGCUUUGCAAUGGCUGCAAGAGAACGGUGCCGCUUUCGGUGCUGACACAAGCAAGGUCACCAUCAUGGGAGAGUCUGCUGGUGCUGCCUCUGUCGGUUUCCACUUGACUGCAUUCAACGGCCGUGACGACAAGCUGUUCCGUGCUGCUAUCAUGGAGUCUGGCAACGCUAUCUCCUACAACGCUCUAAAUGGUUCAGACACCUACCAACCAAAGUACGCUGCUCUUACCAAGGCAGCUGGUUGUGGAAACACCACCAACACUCUGGACUGCCUACGUGCCCUGCCUUUCACCGUCCUCAACAAUAUUCUAAACACCACUGCCUUCAACAGCGGCUGGAACCCUGCUCUGGACGGUGACUUCAUCGCCCGUUACGGUAGCGAACAACUCGCCGAUGGAUCCUUCGUCCACGUCCCCAUCAUCAACGGCGCCAACAGCGACGAAGGCGUCUCCUUCAGCCCCCUCGGUAUCAACUCAACCGGCGACCUCGAGAUGUAUCUGAACACAACCAGCAAAACACAAUACGCCCUUACUCCCGAUCUCGUUCAGAAACUCCUUGCCGUCUACACAUCAGGCCAACCCGACUACCUCAUCCCAUCCACCCAAGAACUAGGCCAGAACGUCAGCACCCUCGGUCCUCAAUACGGCCCUUACUACCGCGCCUCAGCCGCCUACUUCGGCGACGAAGUCUUCAUCGCCAACCGCCGCAAGACCUGCGAAACCUGGGCCGCUGCCAACGUGUCCGCCUACUCCUACCGCUUCAACGCCAUCCCCACUGGCAGCGAAUUCGUCGCCCACUUCCAAGAAGUCGCUUUCGUGUUUAACAAUUUGAACGGGUUGGGCUACGCAAUCGAUCCUUUUGCAAACAAGUCUGCUGCAUUUACCGAGCUUUCGGACUUUAUGAGCAAGAGUUGGGUUACUUUUGUGCAUGAUUUGGAUCCUAAUGGUUAUGCUGGCAAGAACUCGAGUUUGCCUACUUGGCCUGCUUAUAGUGUGGGCCAACCGAUGAAUAUGGUGUUUGAUGCUAAUGUUACGAGUCAUACUGAGCCUGAUACAUGGAGAGCCGAGGGUAUCAAGUUGAUUACUGACAACAAUAUCCAGUAUCACAGAUAG